UACAAUGUACUUAAUUUACAUGUAUCUUGGCAGCAUAGGAGUUACGUUUUCAUCAGAGAGAGCUAUGCGAAAGCGACAAAAUGUGCUGCUCAAUGACAACCUCAGAGGAAGCCUUGUUCCAUUAGUCUUCAAUUCUGAUAAAGCCUCUGGACACAAUGGUGUGGAGCUACGCGAUGUACCCUUUGUCACCGUCAAGAAUCUAAGCUCAAUGAUCCUGGACUAUCUGGACAGACAUGACUUGUAUGGGUCUCUGAACUGGCAUGAUGGGGUGAUCCCAAAGGAUGAAGUGUGGAUCAAAGUGGGAGGAGACAAGGGAGGUAAAUCCUUCAAACUGUCCUUCCAAAUAGUGAACACCCAUUACCCGAAUUCGUUGCAAAUCAAUGUUGUGUUCGCUUGUUUCGAGCCCAACGACUCAAUUGCCAACCUUCAAACAGUUCUUCCACCUGUUCUGGAACAAGUGUCUCAACUUACUGGCCACAAAUGGAGAGACAAAACAUUGAGACUUUUCCUUUUUGGAGACUACGAGUUGUUGACCUGCGAUGCAAGAUACUGCUGUCUGUACUGCACAACAUCUAAGGACAACAUGAGGCUCCCCAUCACUGAGAGGGCAACAGCCACUCCACGCACCAUGCAGUCAAUUCUGCAAUCAUACAAGGCAUAUGAAGCAGAUGGCUCCGUGAAAGCUCGGUCCAAGGAUGUCUCACAUAGCAUCAUAGCAAAGCCAAUUAUUGACAUUGCAACUGAUCAUGUAAGUAGAACGAACUAA